AUGUAUAUCAUAGACAGAUGCAAAAGGGGUGGUGGGCUCAUUGCUUAUUUUUCUACAUUCAUUCCUUCGAAGAGAAUGAAAUUGCCAAAGACCUAUAAGACGCAGGAAGCUAUCGCGGUUGAAUGUACGAUAGGGAGGAAAGAAAUAUUGUGUUUAGCGCUUUACAGACCACCUAAACAGUCAAAAGGGAACAAUGGUCGAAAGAUCGAAACACUUGUGGAAUGUAGAGGAAGAAAUGAACCACCUUUCCCAGUGGUCAUGUCUUCAGAAGCAGGGUAUAGUUAUAUUAGGAGAUAUGAACAUGGACAGGCUUAG